CUAAUUCUGAAAAUCCCCUCCAUUUUCGUUCAACCACAAUCCAAAAGGCAGAUGCGUCAAUGAAUAAUCACAGAUCGCCCCUAAUGGAUAUAUCCAACAAUGACGGCACAAGUUCCCCCGUCGCGACUGGCGAACGGCGCAAAUCAGGACGCGCUGUAAGAGCACCAGACAAAUUUCAACCCGAUGCGCCGUCAUCGCAAGCUGCCCAACCAAGCGCAAAACGAAAGAGAGGUGGAAAGCAGGUCGAAAAUGGUGCAUCCGCCAACGAAGAUUCUGAGCUGAGCGAUCCCCCAGAGAGUGAGGGUGAAGAGGAAGUUAGGAAACCACCGAAACGAGGAAAAAACAUGAAGAAACCGGCCGCAAAAAAACCCAAGGUCGUCGCAGAUGUUGAGGAAGUGGAGGAAGUCGAGGAAGAGAUUGAGGAAGAAUCAGAAGAGAGUGAAGAACCAGAGAGUGCUGAGGAGGAGGAAGUUAGAAAGCCACGGCGGAAAGCAAAGGCAAAGACCGCAAAGAAACUAGCUCCCAAAUCCUCCAAGGUCAAUGGCACAGCGCACGAAGAAGCGCCUGCCAUGCGUUUACCCAAUCGAUCCAAAAAGACUGUGAAGAGGGUAGUAAUCGCGGACGAGGCUACGGAAGGACUCUAUGGUAGAUUUGCACAUAUCCUCGAUAUUGAUUGUAAUACUAAUAAAUUGAAUAGCAGAGGUAUUUGCCAGUGGAGAUUCUUUGGAUGAUGUCACAUCAACAUGGCUCGAUAGAUACCGAAAUGGUGCCCCGGCAGCCAUGACUGAGAUGGUGAACUUGAUAAUCAAGUGCACAGGCUGCAAGGUCCAGGUCACGGAGGACGAUAUCAAUGAUGCAGACAACGUGGAGAACAAGAUUGGAGAAAUCACAGAAGAACAUCUUCAAGUAAGCUUCCGUAGCGUCUUCUUUAAUUUGCAAGUCUAACACCUAUUAGGAGGGAGUCACAGAUUAUCCUUUGAUUUCAAGGUCCAAAACCGGCCACCAACUGCGCGCGCACUUAGUCUAUUUCUUUCAUAUGGUUAUCGAAGCGAUCCAUGCAUCUGGACUGCUAUGGGAGAGCACCAUAUACGACGAUAUCAUUUCAUGGCUCGUUCCAAUGACCUCCGCAGGCUCUAGACCUUUCCGCCACACAGCCACACUUCUUGUAAUGACCAUUAAUCAUACAAUGUGUAAUGUUGCUCGAAAAGAGAUAGAUAAUCUGGCCAGAAUUACACGCCAGCGUGAAGGGGAGAUGAGAAAAAACAAGCCCAACAAAGCGCGUUUGGCGGAUUUCGAAAAUAAGGAGAAGACAACCGAAAACCAUCGGGAUGAGGUACUGCAAAAGAUUAGAGAGAACUUCGACCAAGGAUUUGUUCACAGAUAUCGCGAUGUUGAUCCAAAAAUUCGAGUUGAGUGUGUUGCGGCGAUGGGCAAUUGGGUCUUGACUCUACCGGAGGUCUUUCUCGAGGGUGGUUAUCUGCGCUACUUUGGAUGGUUGCUUUCCGACGAACAAGCGAUAGUACGCCAGGAAGUUGUCAAACAACUCGAGAGAAUCAUGAAGAUUGGUGGCAAUAUCGACGGAAUGCACAAUUUUAUCGAGCGCUUCCGUCCACGAAUGGUUGAAAUGGCUGUACAAGAUUCCGAUGCUGCUGUUAGAUCCUUGAUGGUUGCGAUUAUGGACAUGAUACAAGAUAAAGGAUUAUUGGAACCAAACGACAUUGAUGUAGUUGGAAGACUGAUUUUUGACUCGGAACCCAAAGUUCGCAAAGCCCUGGUGGGAUUUUUCGCUGCAAAUAUGAAAGAUCUUUAUGAAAAUAAGAUCGAAGAGAUUGGUGGCGAGGAGGUGAUUGACGAGUACCUUCAAAUCGAAGACGAGGAAAACUUUGACGCACCACGACCAGAAUGGAUCCGGCUCAAAUGCUUGGCAGAGAUACUGCAGAGCUACGAUGUUGAGGACGAGGAAGAAUUGCCUAGUCAAAUUCCCCAAGCCAAAUUUCUGGAUGUUACUGGCUCUAAAUCAAGAUUUACUCUCGCUGCUCAGGCUUUGUACGAUAAAAUCCCCGACCUGAGAGAAUGGGAAGUUCUUGCGGGAUAUCUGUUGUUUGACCACUCCUCUGAGGCAACUGGUAACGAGACUGAGCGCGCGUUGAUGGAAUUGUUCAAGCCGAACGAGAAGGAAGAAUUUAUCUUACUCGAAAUCCUCAAUGCCACCGUGAAAUUGAGUCUGGUCCAAUCGGAGGAGGGCGAUAGACACAAGAAGAAGAACUCGAGAAAUGAGAAUGCCGAGUCUAGGGAAACAGCUGCGCGACACUUGGCUAGCGUAAUACCUCGACUUCUGAAGAAAUACGGGGCGGAUCCAAAGACUGCGACGGUUGUUUUACGAUUGGAACACGUGCUGAACCUUGGAGUUUUUCAGGAAUUACGCCAAGAUUCUACAGCAUAUGCCAAUCUUCUCGACGAGAUCAGCGCUCAGUUCAACGGACAUGCGGAUAUCAAUGUCUUGACCGAAGCAGGCGCUGCUCUACUGCAUGCUCGUGCAUUUGAGGAAUUGGAGGAAGUCACCGAAGCCAAGAUGCAAUCACUUUGGGAGACUACUACCCUUUCAUUAGAGCAGGUCAAUAAGACCACACAAAUCGCGGUUCGGGGCAAUCUCAAAAAGAAGCGGCUUGAAGAGUUAUCGCAUAUUCUGGCACGACUCGAACAGCUUGCUAGUAUUUCCAACUGUGUCGAACCAUUAGAGGCACGCCUGGGUGAUUCAGAUACUUGUCCCAUCACAAUACUCCUGGAUAUAGUCGCUCGAGGCACCUUUGAAGAUUCAAAUGAUGAAGUUCUCGAUGAUUUGGAAGACCAGGUUAUCAUCAGCGCCAUACGCUCAGCAAUGUUUUACUUCAUGUGGAAGGUCCGUGAAAUUACAUCGCAAAUCUCUUCUAACGUCGAUAUUCCAACUACUGAGAUUGAUCAAUUGAAGGAAUGGCAAGAAGUGUUUGUCAACAAUCUCGUCGCAGCAUUCUCCUCUCGAGGCAGCCUUGAUACAGUACGUUUGAUGGGCACAGGAGCCGUUCUGGACGUCUACGUACUUUUUUCGACUUUGAGAGAUUCUGCAGAUGCACACGCGCCCCUUCAAGAAUUACUGGAUGAGAUAAGCGAGCCAGUACAGUUGGAGUUAACGUCUAUCUUCGUCGCCCUAGAAAAGCAACAUGCCAAGAAAUCUCGAAAGAAGCUUGAGGAUCCAGCCGACGAUGAAGAACCAGAAGACGAUGAUUCAGAUAAUGAGGCUGAAGAUGACGAAGGCCUUUCGGAACACGAGAAGCAAAGCGAGGUCCUAAGAGCUGAGAAACAACUCUGCGAACUGACUGGAAAGCUCGUCUUGGGAAUCAUUGCCAAAGUGAUCGAUGCGUCUGGUGAGCUAAAGGGAAAACUCCGCCAGCGUCUGCAACGAAAUAAAUUACGCCUCGGCCCCAAUUUCAAAGACGUCCUCGGAUAUCUGGAAAGUCCUGAUAAUCCCAAGGCGUCCAAGAGUCACAAAAGUAAAGCCCAGCAAGCUGCUAUCGCUGCUCGCAAAGCUGGGGCGACGAAGAGUGAUGAACGGGUCACAAAUGAGGAUGAGGAUGAUCCUAUUGAAGACGACGAUGAUCCAUUCGCAGACGUGGAGCCUGAAGAGGGCACAGUUGAAGAUCUCCGAAGACGGGAAUUACUCGACAACGACCCGGACGAGAGUGUCGAAGGCCAUGAAAAUGAAAAUGGCAACGGGGAGCCGGUCCCGGAAGGAGACGAAGAUGAAGAUGAGAUUAUGGGCGACUGAAUGAUGGGAUGGAAAUGAUGACCUUGCCUUUCUUUUCCCUUUCAUCGUUUUGGCAAAGCUAUUAGCUGGGCGUUUUUAAUAUUUGUUUAUUUUCUUUCCCUCUUCUUUUCUUCUCGUUCAUGUAGGAAUAUUGCGGUUUUUGUAUGACGGGGGGGGAUGGGGGAUUGGUGCUAGUAAGCAAGCAAGCAGGAUUGCUCAUUUUUCCUUCUCAUUUGAUGAUAGUUGAUUUGACAGCUUCGUCGUUCGUGGAUGUUUACCUUUGGUGGUACUGUAGAUGGUUGGCUGGCUGGCUUGCUUGCUCUUUUUUUUCGCUUCUGUUGCUGUGGUGUGCUGGUGUGCUGGUGUGUUGCAUAUAGGUUUCUUGCGAGGUAUGAGAUGGAGGCUUGCGGGGAGAGGAGUGGAGUGGAGUGGAGCCUCGCCGAAUAUGGCCAUACAAUACGAAAAUAUAAUUUGC